AUGCUUCGUUCGGGAUUGAGUCAGCAGGAAGCAAAGCGUCGCUUGCAAAGAGAUGGGCCUAACUCCCUCACCCCUCCGCCCACUACUCCCCAAUGGGUGAAAUUCUGCAAGCAACUCUUUGGAGGAUUUGCCAUGUUGCUUUGGCUAGGUGCCAUUCUCUGCUUCACCGCUUAUUCCAUUCAGGCUGGCACCUAUGACGACCCUCCCGAUGAUAACCUGUAUCUAGGGAUCGCGUUGGCCGCUGUCGUCAUCAUCACUGGAGGUUUCUCAUACUAUCAGGAAGCAACGAGCUACCGUAUCAUGGAGUCCUUCAAAAACAUGGUUCCCCAGUAUGCCGUCGUCCAUCGAGGGAACCAGACUCUGACAGUUCGAGCGGAGGAACUCGUCGUCGGUGACAUCGUAGAUGUGAAAUUCGGUGAUCGUAUCCCUGCCGAUAUCCGCAUCAUCAAAGCCCGAAGGUUUAAGGUUGACAAUUCCUCGCUGACCGGAGAGGCCGAGCCUCAGUCCCGCUCCAAAGAGUUCACUAAUCCAAACCCGUUGGAAACCCGCAAUCUGGCAUUCUUCUCCACCAGUGCCGUCGAAGGUUCUGCAAGGGGAGUUGUAAUCCAUACAGGGGACAGAACUGUGAUGGGUCGCAUCGCGGGGUUGGCAUCGGGAUUGAACACUGGAGAAACCCCAAUUGCUAAGGAAAUAUCUGGUUUCAUUUUUACCAUUACUGCAGUGGCCGUGUUCCUAGGUGUGAGCUUCUUCGUCAUCGCUUUCAUUCUUGGCUAUGACUGGCUAGAUGCUGUUAUCUUUUUGAUUGGAAUAAUCGUCGCCAACGUUCCUGAGGGUCUGCUUGCGACUGUCACUGUGUGUCUUACAUUAACAGCCAAACGUAUGGCAUCCAAGAACUGUUUGGUAAAGAACCUGGAAGCCGUGGAAACAUUGGGAUCCACAUCAACAAUCUGUUCUGAUAAAACCGGGACUUUAACUCAGAAUCGAAUGACUGUCGCUCACAUGUGGUUCGACAAUCAUAUCAGUCAUACUGACACCACAGAGGACCAGUCUGGAGUGAAAUGUGAUAGGAAUACUCCCGGUUGGAAGGCCCUGUCUCGAGUUGCUGCUUUAUGCAGCCGAGCAGACUUCAAAGGUGGUCAAGACAAUCUUCCCAUCCCCAAGAGAGAAGUGGCUGGAGAUGCUUCGGAGGCUGCACUCCUCAAGUGUGUCGAGAUUGCUAUAGGCGACAUUGCAGGCUACAGAGCUAGACACAAGAAGAUCUGCGAGAUCCCCUUCAACUCUACCAACAAGUACCAGGUCAGUAUCCAUCAAACAGACGACCCCCAUGACCAACCAUAUCUGUUGAUGAUGAAGGGAGCCCCCGAGCGUAUCUUGGAGCGUUGCUCCACCAUCUUCAUAAAAGGGAAAGACUUACCCUUGGAUGAUCACUGGAAAGAUGCCUUUAAUGCUGCCUACUUGGAGUUAGGCGGUCUCGGAGAGCGUGUCCUCGGAUUCUGUGACUACAAACUCCCUUCGGACAAGUUCCCACCUGGCUAUCUAUUCGAUGUAGAUGAGCUGAACUUUCCCCUGAACGGACUCCGGUUUGUCGGUCUCAUGUCUAUGAUCGAUCCUCCUCGAGCUGCGGUUCCUGAUGCCGUGUCCAAGUGUCGAUCAGCCGGGAUCAAGGUUAUCAUGAUCACUGGUGAUCACCCCAUCACUGCCAAGGCCAUUGCCAAGUCCGUCGGCAUCAUUUCGGAGGGCAGUGAAACCGUGGAAGACAUAGCGAGUCGUCUGCACACCACUCUGACCGAUGUGAAUCCAGCCCAGGCCCGUGCUUGUGUGGUCCAUGGUUCCGAACUCAGAAAUUUCACGCCGGACAUUCUAGAUGAUAUCCUAAGGAACCAUGCCGAAAUCGUGUUCGCCCGCACUUCGCCCCAACAAAAGCUGACGAUUGUGGAGAGUUGCCAGCGUCUGGGUGCAAUUGUGGCUGUGACUGGAGAUGGAGUCAAUGAUUCCCCUGCCCUCAAGAAAGCUGACAUAGGAAUUGCCAUGGGUAUUUCUGGCUCGGAUGCAUCCAAGCAAGCAGCUGACAUGAUUCUCCUAGAUGACAAUUUUGCCUCUAUUGUGACCGGAGUGGAAGAAGGUCGAUUGAUCUUUGACAAUCUCAAGAAAUCGAUUGCAUAUACUCUCACUUCCAAUAUUCCCGAGCUUUCCCCGUUUUUGCUCUUCAUCUUGGCUGAUGUACCACUACCUCUUGGUACUGUCACCAUCCUCUGCAUUGACUUAGGAACUGACAUGGUUCCAGCAAUCUCCCUUGCCUAUGAAGAAGCUGAAUCGGACAUCAUGAAACGGCCCCCCAGGAAUCCCUUCACAGACAAAUUGGCCAACGAGCGAAUGAUUUACUUGGCAUACUGCCAAAUUGGGAUAAUGCAGGCAGCAGCAGGAUUCCUCACAUAUUUCGUCAUAAUGGCGCAGAAUGGAUUCAAGCCUUCCCGGCUAAUUGGCCUCCGUCGCUAUUGGGAUUCGAAGGCCAUCAAUGACCUUGAAGAUUCGUACGGUCAAGAAUGGACGUACCACGACAGAAAGAUCUUGGAAUAUACAUGCCACACUGCCUUCUUCGUCUCGAUUGUCAUUGUUCAAUGGGCAGAUCUGAUCAUCUGUAAGACACGACGUUACUCGAUAUUCCAGAAGGGAAUGACGAACUGGGUCCUGAACUUCGCUCUCGUGUUUGAGACUUUCUUGGCUGCUAUUCUGUCCUAUACACCCGGUCUGGACAAGGCCUUGCGCAUGUAUCCUCUCAAAUUCGUAUGGUGGCUGCCUGCCCUGCCAUUUAACUUCCUCAUCUGGGGUUAUGACGAAACUCGGCGGUAUCUCAUGCGCCGCAAUCCAGGCGGAUGGAUAGAGAGAGAAACAGACUAUUGA